AUGCCCGAGGCCAACGGAUCAUUCCAAUGGAUCGAUCAAGAUCAAGUAAAUGCAAUAUUCGACGUGGAUGGUCAAGAAUACAAAUGCGCUCUUAGGGUCUACGAACCGCUCGACGAUUUCGGCUGGGCGAUGGCCAAAUUACAGUACGAUGGGAAGGACGAGCUCACAGGCAAACAGCAAUUCGAGGGCCACAUCGGCGAAAACGAUUUUUUGAUUACCUUUGACAAUAAGCCUAAGAUCGAGGGCGACCUGGACAGCCCGAUCGACCUGGACAUACCCGUCAUGGGCAACGGAGAAUGGAUAUGA